AUGACGAAGACGACAAUUGCCCAAGGUGACAGGCUUGAGGCCCUGUUUCCUUUGCCCUCGCCGCCUCCCUCGACCCUGUCUCCUCAGCGUCUCCCCGGGGUAUCUCGUCAGUCUAGCAUCACGGUGGCACAGCUGCUGAAAGAUAAUCAUACUCGUUGGCACAUCUUUUUCAACGACAAGGGAUUCCACAACCACGCAGCCCAUUUGCUCCUGGCAAUCUACCAGCUUGGGGCGACACCUGCGCUACUUGAAGCCGCCUACGAGUCUGAGUCCGCCUCUCAGCGUCCCGCCUACAGGUCGCCAUCAGCGAUCACCGAGGACAACUUCAAUGAACACAUAGGCGACGAGGACUACUAUCAUGCGUACAUGGAGUUCUUCGCGUCAGCCAUACGUGAAUGGGGAAUCAGCCCUGUUCUCGAGCAGUACCUAUUCUCACCCGAGGUCAACAAGCCGCCGAAGCGGAUGCUCAAUCGCUUUCUGUCAGGCGUACUCCACCCGGUCAUCCACGUUGGCUAUGGUUGCGAAUUUGGGCUCCCCGGCAUGGUGGCCGAGGGUCUCGGUCAGCUCUGUGUCCAGCCCGACUAUAUGUUCCCGCCCUCGCUCUUCACCUCGACAGGAAGUGCGUUCGCUUCGUCGCUAUCGAACAUUACCGCGGCGCUGUCGUCAGUCGGUCUGAAUGGCACGACAAACGGGCGCACAGAAGUUACGGAGUCGCACGCUCUUGCGAUCCUUGCGAAGAUCGCGAACGAUCCUGCAUACGCUCCAUCAGCGGUCGGGAUCCCCGUCGAGAGUCCUGCAGAUGAGACCAUGCUGACCAACGUGCUGGAGGCGCGAGGGCAACAGAUUUUCGAGCUCGCGGCGGAAUGGACUGUCAACCGCGGAGACAAGGAGGCAGUUCACCGCAAGAUCGAGGAGCUCAAUUGGAUGAACGUCAUCUUGUACGGUGUUGGCGGCUGGGGCGGGAGGCAUUCCGCGCCCGGCAAGAAGUUCAACGGGGACUUCUUCUUCCUCCACCUCGUCACCUCCGUGUUGUUCUUACAUUCCUACGUCCCGUACCUCUCCCCGACCUCCAUCUCGAUUUUCCUCCGCGCGUACUUCAGCACCUCUCUCGCAUGGUACAUCGCGCGCGGCCGCCCCGCCCUCCCCAUCCGCGACUUCUACGCAUCCACUGCCACCCACCCGCACGCGCCCGGCCCCGCACCCACGCCGCACAAAGACGCGCUCUCCGCGGACCCGACGACGAGCGCGUGGUUCCAGAUCCUGCAGAGCACGCUCGCGCACAACGACGACCACAUCGCGAAGCUCCAGCGUUCCCUAGCGCACUUCGCCAGCCUCUACGGCGCGACGCCGGCGGGUCGGUUCGCGAACGUGCCCGGCCUGGACGGCGCGGACGUACUGGAUGGGAGCUUGUUCUUGAGGGUGGCGGCGCUGAGCCAGGAUAGGAUCGGAUGGAUGAGGGAAGGCGAGGAGAAUAAGGGGUGGGACUUCCAUGGGUUCUUUGACUGA